AUGGUGCAGGUGCAGGAGGAGCAGCCUCAGCAGGAACAUCCGCAACAGCAACUGCAGCAGCAGCUGGAGCUUCACAAGCAGCAGACUACGGUUAUGUUCAAAACGGGCGUAGAUACUCUGGACCAAACGUACAAUACGGAAAUGGGGCAAGCUCAGCAGCAACAUCCGCAGCAGCAGUCGCAGCUUCAGAUGCAGCAGCAGCUGCAGCUUCAGAUGCAGCAGCAGCCGCAGCUUCAGACAAAUUACGGAUCAGGCGUAGGAUCUGGAAAUGGAGCAAGCUCAGCAGCAUCAGCCGCAGCAGCAACUUCAAGCUCUGGUGUGCAGGAGGAGCAGCCUCAACAGGAGCAUCCGCAACAGCAACUGCAGCAGCAGCUGGAGCUUCACAAGCAGCAGACUACGGUGCAGGAGGAGCAGCCUCAGCAGGAGCAUCCGCAACAGCAACUGCAGCAGCAGCUGGAGCUUCACAAGCAGCAGACUACGGUGCAGGAGGAGCAGCCUCAGCAGAAGCAUCCGCAACAGCAACUGCAGCAGCAGCUGGAGCUUCACAAGCAGCAGACUACGGUGCAGGAGGAGCAGCCUCAGCAGGAGCAUCCGCAACAGCAACUGCAGCAGCAGCUGGAGCUUCACAAGCAGCAGACUACGGUGCAGGAGGAGCAGCCUCAGCAGGAACAUCCGCAACAGCAACUGCAGCAGCAGCUGGAGCUUCACAAGCAGCAGACUACGGUGCAGGAGGAGCAGCCUCAGCAGGAGCAUCCGCAACAGCAACUGCAGCAGCAGCUGGAGCUUCACAAGCAGCAGACUACGGUGCAGGAGGAGCAGCCUCAGCAGGAGCAUCCGCAACAGCAACUGCAGCAGCAGCUGGAGCUUCACAAGCAGCAGACUACGGUUAUGUUCAAAACGGGCGUAGAUACUCUGGACCAAACAAAUUACGGAUCAGGCGUAGGAUCUGGAAAUGGAGCAAGCUCAGCAGCAUCAGCCGCAGCAGCAACUUCAAGCUCUGGUGUCAGUGACAACUGGGGCGGAAACCGUGCACCAUACGUAGGAUCUGGAAAUGGUGCAGGUGCAGGAGGAGCAGCCUCAGCAGGAACAUCCGCAACAGCAACUGCAGCAGCAGCUGGAGCUUCACAAGCAGCAGACUACGGUUAUGUUCAAAACGGGCGUAGAUACUCUGGACCAAACGUACAAUACGGAAAUGGGGCAAGCUCAGCAGUAUCAUCCGCAGCAGCAGCCGCAGCUUCAGACGCAGCAGCAGUCGUAGCUUCAGACGCAGCAGCAACCACAGCUUCAUCAUCAUCAAGCACAACAGCUAGCUCGGUCACAGCUGUCGAAAACUCAGAGUCAGAAAAGAGUUGGAUUGAUCAUUAUAAAACGUACAUAAGAUCAGAAAAUGAGUCAAAAUCUUCAGCAACAACUUCAACAGCAAGUGCAACAACAUCAGCAACAAAUAAUGAAGCUUAUAAUAGGUGGCUUAAAUAUAAUAGACCUUACUUUGAAUCUGGUACUAAUCCAGAAGCUACAGCUGCAGCAAUAGCAGCUGCUGUAGCUGCUGCUAAAGCAGCAGCUUUGGCAGCAGGUGCUGCAACUACUGCAGCAAAUUCUAUAGCUGAAAACAACUGGCCUAAAUUCUACAGACCUUACGAUUAUUCAGGAGUUCAGUCGGAAGCUGCAGCUACAACCACAGCAACUAGCACCGCAACCAGCACAUCAAAAUCUGUUUCUGACAAGAUUUUGUCCGAACAUUAUAGAACAUACAUAAAAUCAGGCACUGAAUCAAAAUCCGCGUCAUCAGCUUCAGCUGCAUCUUCAGCAACGAGCGUAGCAAAAUCUGCUACAGGUAAGAGCUCUCUGGGAUACUCAGGAUCUAACGUCGUUUCAGGAGCAACCGCAGCAAGCUCUAGUAUUGGUAAUAACUGGGGCGGAAACCGUGGAUCCCACGCAGGAUCAGUUGAUGCAACAAGUGGGGCAGCAGCAGUUGCAGGAGCGACCGCGACAAACUCUGGCUUUAGUCAAAACUGGGGCGAUAAACUGGGACCAUACGUAGGUACAAGAGAAGCAACUAGCUCAACAGCUGCAGCAGCAGAGGCAAAUGCAGGAUCAGGAGAUGGUGCAAGCGCAACAGCAGCAGCCGUAGCUGCAGCUGCAGGAGAUACCACAUCAUCCACAUCUGCAGCAGCACCAGUUUCUUACACUUACUCCGCAGGAUCGGUAUACUCGCCUGCUCCAGCAUCAGCCUCCGCAGUAGCUAAUGUUGAUACUUCAGUUAAUUAUGGAUUUGGACCUCAAAUUAGAUAUAUACCACAAUCGUCAAUUACAACUAUAAAUGAGGACGACACGAGGUCAGCAGCAACGUCAACUAGUUCAUCUCUCUCAUAUGCUUCGGGUCUAGGACGAAACAGAGUUCGUCAAGCUUGCAAACUAAGACGCAGCCAGUAUGCGGUUAGAAUUGGCAGGAAAGGUCAACCAUGUACUACAUGUUAAUAAUCGAUUAAUGGUGUAAUAUUAUUUGUUUUUAUUAUCGGAUACAUCUUUAUUUUAGUAGUCAAAUAAAUAUUCAAG